AUGCGAACCUCUACUGUUUUGACGAUUGCCAACUUCGGCACAGCGUUUGCCGCAGUGCAAGUGUACAACCAGUGCGGUGGCAGCGCCUAUUCUGGGGACAAGGAGUGCCCUUCUGGAUCAACCUGUAAGGUUGCCUCAGUUGAGAAGACUGAUUUCGACUUUCCCGCCUUCAGGUUCCCAGGAUUUCCUGCACCUCCUCAAGCUCCUUCCAUCGAGGGCGACAACAACCAGAGCGGUGACGAUGUGUCAACUCCAUUCCCUCCCACUGUCCCUGCUCCCGAAGAGCCUGUCGAGACUGUCAUCGCUGACCCGACUGUGGCUCCUACCAGUGCGCCCCUUGAGACCGGUUCUGGGCCUGGGUUUGGGUCUGGGUCUGGGUCUGGGUCUGGAUCUGGAGGUAUCAUGCGACCCAUUCCAGCCUCCAGUGGUGCCACCGCCGUUGCUACUGCUAUUCCUGUCUCUGUUGCCGUCUGUAGGGGUCAAGAAAAAACUAGUGAGGCCGAUGCCAUGUUCAUCCUCGAAGACGGCGCUACUCUUCACAACGUCAUAAUUUGCUCUGGCCAGGCCGAGGGUGUUCACUGCAAGGGCACAUGCACCCUCGAGAACGUUUGGUUCGAGGAUGUCUGUGAAGAUGCCAUUAGCUUGAAGCAAAGGUCAGGUACUUCAAUCAUCCGUGGCGGGGGCGCUUUCCAUGCUGCCGACAAGGUCAUCCAGUUCAACGACCGCGGCACAGUUGAGAUUUCCGACUUUUAUGUUGAGGACUAUGGUAAGCCUGUCCGAUCCUGUGGCAACUGUAAGGACAACGGUGGUCCUCGAAACGUUGUUAUUGAGAAUAUCGCUGCCGUCAACGGUGGCGUUCUCUGCGGCAUCAACACCAACUAUGGCGAUACGUGCACCAUCUCCAAUGCUUGCCAAGACGAGGGCAAGAAUUGCGAUCUCUUCGAAGGUAAUUCUGAUGGUAGUGAGCCAACGAAACUGUCCAGCGGUCUUGAUGGUACUUCUUGUAAGGCCGACAGUUUUGCCGAGACCUGCUGA